CCCCUCUCAUUCAUAACACCGCUACCGCAUUCAUGGCCGCCGCCGGAGAGCACACUUUUCUCUCCGCCGAAAUCGUCAACCGCGGCGUCGAGUCCUCCGGUCCCGACGCCGGCUCGCCCACCUUCGUGGUCAGCGUGGUCAGAGUUCGCCGCCGGCUGCCGGACUUCCUGCAGUCCGUGAACCUCAAGUACGUGAAGCUCGGGUAUCAUUAUCUGAUAAGCCAUGGGAUAUAUCUGGCCACCAUACCGGUGUUGGUGGUGGUGUUCAGCGCGGAAGUGGGGAGUUUGAGUCGGGAGGAGCUGUGGAGGAAGGUGUGGGAAGAAGCUAGUUAUGAUUUGGCCACGGUGCUCGCUUUCUUCGCCGUUCUCGUUUUUACUAUUUCCGUCUACUUCAUGUCCCGGCCCAGGCCCAUUUAUCUCGUCGAUUUCGCUUGUUAUCGACCGUCCGAUGAGCUCAAGGUAUCGAAGGAGGAGCUAAUCGAACUGGCCCGCUCCUCCGGCAAAUUCGACGAAGACUCCCUCUCAUUCCAACGGCGAAUCCUGAAAUCCUCCGGCAUCGGCGACGAAAGCUACCUCCCCCGCUCCCUCUUCUCCUCCGCCAACUGCGCCACCAUGAAAGAAGGCCGCUCCGAAACCUCCACCGUCAUGUUCGGCGCUCUCGACGAACUCUUCCUCAAAUCCCGCGUUCGUCCCAAAGACGUCGGCGUUCUCGUCGUCAACUGCAGCCUCUUCAAUCCCACCCCUUCCCUCUCCGCCAUGAUCGUCAAUCACUACAAGAUGCGCGGCAAUAUACUCAGCUACAAUCUCGGCGGCAUGGGUUGCAGCGCCGGGAUCAUCGCCCUUGAUUUGGCCCGAGAUAUGUUGCAGGCCAACGGCAAUAAUUAUGCGGUUGUCGUCAGCACGGAGGCGGUGAGCUUCACCUGGUAUGCGGGCAAGAAUCGGAGCAUGUUGAUUCCCAAUUGCUUCUUUCGGACGGGGUGUUCCGCCGUUCUGCUUUCCAAUAGGAGGAGGGAUUACAGACGGGCCAAGUACAGUCUCGAGCAUAUUGUGCGCACCCAUAAGGGGAGCGAUGAUCGGAGUUUCAGGUGCGUGUACCAAGAAGAAGACGACCAGCGCAUCAAAGGCCUCUCCAUCAGCCGCGAUUUAAUGGAGGUCGGCGGCCACGCUCUCAAAACCAACAUCACAACCCUCGGCCCUCUCGUCCUCCCCUUCUCCGAACAACUCAUCUUCUUCGCCACACUCCUCUACCGCCAACUCUUCCGCAACUCCUCCUCCAGCGCCACCAACACCUCCUCCUCCUCAUCCCCCGCCGCUGGCGACCCCUCCGACCAAAACUCAGGCAUCACCAAACCCUACAUCCCGAACUACCGCCUCGCAUUCGAACACCUCUGCGUCCACGCGGCGAGCAAAUCAGUGCUCGACGAGCUCGAGAAGAACCUGGGGCUGAAGGAGACGGACAUGGAAGCUUCUAGAAGCACGCUUCAUCGCUUCGGCAACACAUCCAGCAGUAGCAUUUGGUACGAGCUGGCUUACCUGGAGGCGAAGGGGAGGGUGAAGCGAGGCGAUAGGGUUUGGCAGCUGGCUUUCGGUUCGGGAUUUAAGUGCAACAGUGCGGUGUGGCGGGCUGUGCGGCGGGUCAAGAAACCGGCAACGAGUCCCUGGAAUGAUUGCGUUGACCGGUAUCCGGCGGCUGCGGUGGGGCAGCGCAACUGAAAGGUGUCGGUGGUGAAGAUUUGUGUUGCCGCUAAUGGUUUAAUUAGUAUAAUGAUGUAAUGUUUUUAUGGUUUGUAGCAAACGGUUGAGGAGAAUUAUGUCUUGAUUAUGUGAACCUUUUUAGUAUUAUUUCAGUGUUUUGAUAUAUUAAUCAAUCGUAAAUUGGCCUUAAA